GGCUCAGGGCUUAUCCCGAGAAGAGGUUCCACCAGGACAGAGCACUCCCCCGCACAUUCCCGGCUGCCAGGGAACACGAGGCUCACCCAGCUCCUGACAGUCUCCUGCAGAAGAGUCACAGCCAUCGACAGGGCUGUGCUCAGGGCCCAGUCACAGCUUCGCUUUCCUCAGCUUCAGACCACAGCCUGAGCCCAGGGCAUCAGCCAGCAUGUGCAGCCACACCAGGGUGAGAGCCCCCCAUCCCACAUCCAGACGGCAGAGCCACUCUCAGCUGCCUUUGCUGAAGCCCUAACUGGAGCAAAGUGCUCAAAAAAACUGCUUUGGGGGGAGAUUUUUGUAAACUGCCAAGCAGAUUCUGAGAAUGGUGAUCAACCCAGGAGCAGGACCCUCUCCCAGACAGAUCCUGAGGGAAGAUGCUACCUGCUGCUGUUUGCAGAGGGCAGGACAUGGGAAAAAACACUGUCUGGGCGUGAUGGUGGCUGAGAAAUCUCCCUGCCUCUCAGUAAUACUCUUCACAGCAGGGCAGCACUUAAUCGUCUUUUAUCUGCCUAAAGACUUGAUCCCCAUCGGUCUGCAGCAGGAAGAACCAGCUAAUUUAUUUUCACUGUGCACUAAAAGCACAGCCCAACUGACUGCAAUGCUCGCGGUUCACCUAUCCAAAAGGUACAUGCUCUUUUUCCUGCCUUCUUCUCUACUAUCUGUCAGGUAUUAGAUGCAGUGGCUGACUUGUGGCUGGUCAUGUUCUUUCCUGUUAUGUUUCUAUUUAUUUGUGCAGCAAAGGUUGGGCUGAGUCUGAAUAUCUCUGAUUCAUGCCCAAGCAUGUGCAAAUGUUCACCUGAAGAGAUUAUCCACUGUAGCGGAGCCGGACUGAGCGCCCUCCCUGAAGAAAUAGCAGCAUCUACCAUCUCUCUAAAUCUCUCCAAUAAUUAUUUGCGGAUUCUCACCACCACCACCUUCAGAAACCUGACUUCCCUCCACAGCCUCUGGCUAGAUGGAAACAACCUGACUUUCCUGUCUCCGGGGUCCUUCCACACUCUCAGCAAGCUGCGAGAGCUGCACCUCAGCAGGAACUCACGUCUCGCCUACCUGCAUGCAAACACUUUCAGAGGACUAUCAAGCCUCAUCAGCCUGGAUUUGUCCCACUGCAAUAUCUUCGAGAUCCACCCACUUUUAUUUUCACACCUCUCUUCUUUAGAAAGACUCAAUUUAGCCUCCAAUAACAUGCGGUAUUUUCCACAAGCCUUUAGGAACCUCUCCAGCCUCACGAGGCUGUCCCUGGAGGGCAACCACAUAGAAGCCAUUGGCAGAGAUUCCCUGAAGGACUUGGAAACCCUGCACGAUCUGAAUCUCAGGAAGAAUCAUAUAUGGAUCAUUCAAAACGGCGCUUUUACAAAGCUUCUCAGAUUGAGCAUGUUAAAUUUAGGACACAACUUCAUUGCUGCUUUGCCUAAUCAGCUUUUCGAUGGAUUGAUCCAGCUCAAGACCAUGCACCUGGAAGCCAACAGGAUCACUGCUGUCAACUGCACCUUCAGACAUCUGCUGAACUUGAGAAACUUGUACCUCAACAACAACCAGAUCGCCUCAAUCUCAGAUUCUGCUUUCUCAUACUUAAACAAGCUGCACUUUCUUCACCUGAGCAAGAACAACCUCAGCUCCCUCCCUAUCCACUUGUUCGCUGAACUGCCAAAACUCAAGUACGUGUUUUUAUCCCACAACCCCUGGAAAUGCGACUGCAGGAUGCGUUGGUUCUGGCAGGGGACCACAACGCACAGGGGAGUGAUCAGAGGGCUGCACUGUGAUUUCCUGGGCCCUGAUAACAUGACAGUGCUCAAUGUCCCCCAUCCAGGGGACCCGACAGACUGCACAGUGCCAUCUGAACUGGCAAGUGAAGACAAGUGCAGGGUGGUUGAUACCAGUGUGGCCUCCGGGCCCCCCGCUCACCCCAGCAAGGUCAUCCUGCUGGCACUUCUCUGCCAUGCGUGGUAUUUUCCAAGGGAAUGGGACACCUCUGUGGUCUCAUUUUGACAAUGUUUAAAUUACAAAGUGCGGGCCACUUAUUUGCUCACUAUUUGUGAACAAUCAUUUUCAUUACAGGUGGGUUUUAUAUGGAAAUAGAGGGAUUUUAUUAAAUAGGAAUAAAUGCUUUCAUCAUGGGCAAUGCUCAAUUCUGAAAUGCUAAUAUCAAAAUUAGAUGUAAAAAAAAAUAAAAGAGGAGAAGCUCACAUUAUCAAGAUAAGGGCUGGGGCUUGUGCUGGGUGAUGCGGGGC